AAAAGUCUUGAAUAUAGUGCCUGACUUUACGAGCAAUUUUGAGGGUAUUGCUUUUCUAUGUUUUUUAAAGUACAUAUUCUGUAACAAUUUUAAUACUUAAAAAGUAGUAUUGUUUGUUGAUGAGUUUAUUUUACAUCUUAAAACGUUUUGAAUUCUAAGAUGGCCGUAGAGCUCCGUAACAGGAUGUUGUUGCCAGGAAGUAUAACCAAUCAUAUGACUCUGCGGAGGAAUACCAUGUCUUAGCUUUCUAAUCUGUUGUAGCCAAAAAAUGGCACUGCUGUAUUUUCGGACAUUAUGAGGUUUGGUGAUAGUUAAUCAGAGUUGCGUGUAAAUUGCAGUUCUUAAUGGCGGAAGGUACAUCCGUAAGUCCGGACGAUGUGGUAUGUCGUUUUUUUUUAUUUUCAUCUUGCCGAGAAGGCGAUAGAUGUCCAUUUUCUCACGACAGGACACGUCGUAUACCUGAUAAAGUAUGCCGUUAUUAUUUGCAAGGCAUAUGCCAGUACGGCGAACGUUGUAUUUAUGAUCAUGUACGAAUAAAAAAUGACGUACCUUCGAAAUCCUCUACUCGGAAUGAUAAGCAUUUACCUGGACCAUCUCGGUCGCGUCCGGAAAUCAGCGAAAACACUAACACGAAGGUGGAUGCGAAAAGGAAAGAUAUCUAUCAACCCAAAUUUAAUCCUUUGAAUCGAAAUGUAAUAAAAAAGAAUACUUCUGGCAGAAAUUCAUAUGGGCCAAAUUCUCCAAACUGGGUUAAUGCACCCGAGUUUAUUCCGAAAACUGGUAGAUCAUAUGCAGAUACUGUGAAAGCGAAUACUGUGGUCACAAAUACUGAGCCUGAUAGAAAUAAUUUAGAAUUGUGCUCCUAUUUCAUGCAAGGAGAUUGUCCAUAUAAUGACCAAUGUCCUUAUGUUCAUGGUGAUGAGUGUGAAUUGUGUGGGAGUGCAUGCUUGCAUCCAUAUGAUGAAAGGCAAAGAAAAGCACAUAUAGAAUUAUGUGAAAAAGAGCUGGAGCAGGACAUGGAAUUGUCAUUUGCAGUCCAACGCAGUCGUGAUAAAAUAUGUGGUAUAUGUAUGGAUGUAGUAAUGGAAAAAGACUUGAUUUCUGAGCGACGCUUUGGUAUCCUUGAAAAAUGUAAUCAUGUUUUUUGUUUGACUUGUAUUAGGACAUGGCGAAGAACGAAGCAGUUUGAAAGCAAUCAGCAGAUUGAUAAUGUUUUGGAUCCAGUUGUUAUACGGGCUUGUCCAGAAUGUCGGGUACCAUCCGAUUUUAUAACGCCGAGUCAGUACUGGGUUGAUACUGAAGAAGAAAAGAAGAAACUUAUCACAGAAUAUAAAGUAGCAUUAAGCAAAAAGCCAUGCAAGUAUUUUAAACAAGGUGAAGGGACAUGUCCCUUUGGUGGUGCAUGUUUCUAUCUUCAUGCGAAGCCUGAUGGUACUAAAGUUGAAUUACCUCUGCCGACUAGAAGGCGAAGGCAGAAUCAAGAUGGUGAGUUAGAUUACAUGGGUAGAAUAUUCUUAUGGGAUUACUUGGAAUUUCGAGAAGAAAACAUACUCAUGCAUUUGGAAUUGGAAGAUAUUGGAUAUAACUGGUCAGAUUCUGAUGAUGAUAUUUCUGAUGUUAGUGACAAUUUUUUUCUAAGUGAGUCAUUUUGAAAUGUAUUAUUUCUUGUGCAACAUUAUUUCUGCAUAUAGGCCAGCUUAACUCCCUUUUUCUAUAUGUAAUUCCAUUUUUUCCCCAUCCUAAAUGACAUUCUUCACAGUGAAAAAGCAGCUGGAGGAUUUGUGCACAUUGUGCAGUAGACAACACAAAUCUCCAAGAUUUGAUGCCUUUAUAGUGUGCCCUAUCUUUCAGUGAACUGUUGUAUAUACUCAAUCAAGAACUUAUUACAUUUGCAGGGUGCACAUAGUCAUUAAAUUUUAUGUCAUUGCAUAUGAUGGUGUUUAGGAUUGAAAUUAUAAAAAAGCGCUUCAAGUUUAUAUCAGGUUUAGAUUCAGUUUUGGUAGAAGAAAAAGCUUAUUAUGUUGUAAAUGUUUGAUAUAGCGUGUAGGUAACAACUAUAAUUGGAGAUGUGUAAAACAUGUUAUCAAAAUGUUUAAAUGUAUUUGUAAGCUUUGUAUGUGAAAGAAAUGUGUGCCACUUCAUCUAAGUUUGUGAUCUCAUUACACAGCCUAGAACUUUGUCUUCGGUAUACUCAUUUUAAAAAAAAAUAUAGUUUGCUAGUCUGAAAACUAAAAAAGUAUGUUUUCAUUAUUAAAACUAAUCUUCCAAUACAUGGUAUUGUUACUUCUGAAGCUGGGAGAGUCAUUGACUUUGUUUAUAUUAAACUAUACCUUUGUUUACAACCAUUUGCCAUCCAUACCUAAAUGUACAGUUAGUAUGUGGAAGCAAUUUUAGACAGUUUUUAAUCACUAUCACAUAUUAUUUUCUUGGGCUGUCUAGGCUUUUCUUUUUUUUUUUUUUUUUUUUUUUUUUUGACUUCAGGAAAAUGGAAUUGUGCUGGAUUUUUUUGUGCUUAUUCAGUAAAAUUAAUUCCUUAUUAUAAUUUUUAUAGAAUUUUUAGUUUUAAGAUUACUUAAGAAUGUUGCAGUACUCAGCAUUUCAUCAAUACAUAAGGAUUUCAUAAAAAAAAUAAUCAUUUACAUUGUUUGAUGUUAUCUUUGAAAGCAUCUCAUUGUUUAAAAUACUGAGACUUUAGCUUUGUUAAUUUCCCCGAAUUUCUUUGAGGAGUAUUUAUUAAAGUAAGAGUGUAUCAUGUACAUGAAAUUAAUCUGUUGAGUAUUUUAAUAAGUUAUAGUAUGGUAAUGUUUCUAAGAACUUUUUACCAUGAAAAUAUGAGAGAGAUGUUGUUUUGUGAACUUUCACGAGCCAUAAGUAUUUAUUGUAAGCAGUAGGGAAAUGAAUGAAAUAUGGCUGUUUAGAAAAUAAAAUAUGUUAAAGUAUUUCAUAAUCUAAAACAUUGAAGUUUUUGCUGUAACAUAGAUUUUUUUUGAUUUUAUCAUUGAUUCAAAAUAUUUAUUAAGCUAUGUAUAAAGUGUACAUGAGUUUGAUUUUAAUUAAUUUUGCUUUAAUGUUAUCUGAAAACUGCCGAUAACAUUUUAUAAUAUGAAAUAGUGCAGUUUCUGUGAAAUUGAGUUCAUAAUGAAUUUUUGUUAGUAAUCUGUAAAUAGUGAUACAUGAAAUGUCUCUAAGUGAUUAAUUUGUUAUAUUUUAUCUUUUAGAUUAUUUUAAGAUAUUGUGAGUCUUAACAUGAAUUGUAUAUUGUUUUGUGGCUUCUUCGGUGAUCCUUAAAAUCCUCACAUUUAUGAUGCUCGUAUUGAAUUAAAUGUAUUUUAAAACGUUUCAGUCAUUUCUUACCCCACUUAUUAAUUAGUUAUUGCAUAUAUUUUAAAAUAAGCCAAAAUUUACAUAUGAAUCUUUGACUUAAUUGUUUUCUGAAUAAAGAUGCAAUGUCUUAAAAAGCUUUA